AUGGUGAUAAGUUUUGAACAGAAAGUGAAUAGACUUAAUCAGAAGAUUAUUGAGCGAGAAAGAGUCAAGCACUUUCCACGGGGUAAACCGCCUCAACCACCCAGCCCUGCUCAUGAAAUUGGUGCGUUAACCCGUGAACAUGUCGAACAAUCAUCACAACUGGCAGAGAGCGACGAGAAUGAUCUCAUGACGUUGUAUGUUGCAUUCAAUGGUACCGACUAUCAACUUCGUCGGGAAGCCUCGGCAUCGUCACGUGAUUGGUCAGAUCAGUUCUCGUUCCAGGCCAGUCGAGAGCCUUACCCACCAUUCAACUAUCCUAUCUAUGUAUACUCGGCUGGUGGCUCGCCCUAUUGGAGGCAGUAUAUCUCAACCAAGUCAUCUCCUCCUAGUAAUGAAUAUCGCACUGAUUACUUGUUCUACGUAUCUUCAAUACCGCUGGCUGGAAGUAUCGCCUGCUAUUUGUUGGAGAAAGGAAGCGCCAAUGUGAUCAAGUCCUCUAUAGCGAAGACUGAAACGUUAUCUGGAUGGCGAAACACUGGAAUUAAAUUUUAUGCGCUUAAAACAACCCCAGCUGGCUCCCCAACAAGACCCUUGAGUAGAUCUGGAACUUUAGUAUCUGAUACAGGAACUGAAGGUGUUGAUGAACCGUCUGAUUCAGACGAGUUAUCUGUGUCUAGUUUAAACACUGCCACUGAGAGUGCGAAGAAAAAUCUUGCUGAAGCCAUUGAAAUGAAUCGUACUAAAGUAGAAGAAGUACAAAAGCCAACGCCAAGGCCCCUUCCUCCUCCUCCUCCUUCAAAAGCUGAGCAACCUGAAGAGUCUCUUGAAUCAGAGAGUGAGGAUGAUCAAUCUGAAGAGGAAUUGGGAACAACCUUAGAGACAGGAACAUUUACACCUUUUGAGAGAUUUCCAACAAUCAUAACACAAUAUAACCACAAAGCAAAGACUUUGGAACAAUGCAAGGAUGAAGUAAAGAGGAGUUCGAACAGGGUUUAGGCAAGAGAGGAAUUGAACCUGAGACUACGCGGUUGUCAAGCAAACAGCUCGAGUCUAGAAUGAAGUCCUUAAGAUCAGAACAGGAAGGCCAUGCCAAGAAAUUUAGAAAUUUCAAGGAAAUUCGAAAGCGAAAAGCUGAAGAAGUUGAUAACUUGGCGAGGAAAACA